AUGGCGGAAUACAAAGAAGAUAUUCUUAAGAAACAAUAUAUAUCAGUAAAGGAAAUGAAGUUUCUUAUAGAUCAAGUGUCAAGUAAAACAGGAUAUAAUAUAUUAAAAAAGGAAAUUUUUAUUAAUCAUUCUUUCGACAAGAAACAUUUUUAUGAAUUAAGAAAGAAAAAGAAAUCUUUAUUUGAUCUAGAAGAUAAUAUUGUGACAGAAAAGUCAAUUAGUUUUAGUAAAGAGGCUAAAAUUGAAAACAUCAUGCAAAUUCUGGAAGUUUUGAAAAUUAGUGAGCAAGUGAAUCUUGCUUUCUAG